UCAGAGCAGCGAGGUCCUGGAGGCUUUAGUUUAGGGAGGCAUUAUGGAAAAAUCCCCCAAGCUUGCUCAGCAGAUCUGAAAUGAGCAUUUAUUAAAGUCGGCUUUCUCCCAGGAGGGUCAUCUUCGGAUCCCCAGCAUGUGACUGGAAGCCCAGACUGAACCUUCGUUCCUCUGCAGCCUGAAGGAUUCCUGUAGGGGCUUCUGUACUCUACUGUACUUGUGUUUAGAGAACUCAGGAGGUCUUUUGUAGAGACGUUUGGAGUUGGAAUUCCGAUACCCCCUUCUCUUUCAAAGAAGGAGCUAGCCGUGGAGAGCAGACCGUUUAGAAUUCAGCAGUGGAGAAACGAGAAUUCUUUGAAUCAUGGUCUCCCACUCAGAGCUGAGGGAAAUUUUCCGCUCUGCCGACGCUGUCUGCUUCGAUGUUGACAGUACGGUCAUCAGAGAAGAAGGAAUCGACGAGCUGGCCAAGUUCUGCGGCGUUGGGGAUGCUGUGUCAGAAAUGACUCGCAGAGCUAUGGGCGGCGCGGUGACUUUCAAGGCCGCCUUGACAGAGCGAUUAGCACUGAUCCAGCCCUCCAGAGAACAGGUGCAGAAACUCCUAUCAGACCACCCUCCACACCUCACGCCCGGGAUAAGGGAGCUGGUGAGCUGCUUACAGCAGCGAAACGUUCAGGUCUUCCUAAUAUCUGGCGGGUUUAGGAGCAUCGUAGAACAUGUCGCUUCAAAGCUCAAUAUUCCAGUCACCAAUGUCUUUGCUAAUAGGUUGAAGUUCUUUUUCAAUGGUGAGUACGCUGGUUUUGAUGAGAGCCAGCCAACUGCUGAGUCUGGAGGGAAAGGCAAGGUGAUUGCACUCCUGAAGGAACGGUUCCAUUUUAAGAAAAUUGUCAUGAUUGGGGAUGGAGCUACUGACAUGGAAGCUUGUCCUCCUGCUGAUAUUUUCAUUGGCUUCGGGGGAAAUGUGACUAGGCAACAAGUGAAGGACAACGCCAAGUGGUACAUCACUGACUUUGGGGAGCUUCUUCAAGAACUGGAAAAGUGAUGUCGAAUUUGAAUCAUAUGAAAUAUAUACAUAUAUAUUUUAUUAGCAGUUCCAGAUUAAUUAAAAAGAACACUUA